AGUGUCAAUGUUGUGGGUGGGUGAUUUUUUGUGUUCACUCGAUUCGUAAACAUUUACAAAAAUAUUGAAUGCAAUUUGAACAAUUUUCAAAAAAGAUUAUAAAAACUAAUCGAUUAUAUUAAAAAAUUGUUUUCUUUCUAAAAUUCAACAAGUCGCCCACAAUGUCUCGACAAACAUCUCGUCUUGAUGCUAAGAAAGUUAAUUCCGAGCUACUCACUCUUACAUACGGUGCUUUAGUAUCUCAAAUGCUCAAAGAAACUGAGAAUACAGACGAUGUUAAUAAGCAAUUGGAGCGUAUUGGUUACAAUAUGGGCGUGAGGCUGAUUGAGGAUUUCCUAGCUCGUACAACAUCGACUCGGUGUUUGGAAAUGAGAGAGACUGCUGAUAAAAUUCAGCAGGCAUUCAGGUUAUAUCUCAACAUGCAACCAACAGUAACUAGCUGGAGCAGUUCUGGUGAUGAGUUCUCACUUGUUUGGGAUCAGUGCCCAUUGAGUGAGUGGGUGGAGAUGCCAAAUAAUGGGCUGAAGUAUUGUGCUUUGAUCCCUGGUGCGAUAAGAGGAGCAUUACAAAUGGUUCAGCUAGAGGUUCAGUGCUGGUUUGUGCAGGACCAACUCAAAGGCGACGCUGUGACAGAGCUAAGGGUGAAGUACAUCAAGAGAUUAGAAGACGCUGUUCCGGCCGGUGAAGAUUAGAACUGUUAUUUUCGUACUGUGGUUAUUAAUAUUAUAUUCAUUGAUUUUUAUAUUAAACAAACAAUAAAACAAAUGAUCUGGAUCUUUCAAAAAAGCUAGGUAACAGACAAGCAAAGCAUUUCUCUCACUCAAUUCCUCAAUCGAUUGAUCUUGAUCUUCUGAGGUCAUUUGAGUUCAACUUUUAUGCUUAAUUCUGUAUUAAAAAAUAGUUAUGUUAAUUUUGCUACCUUCUUAGAAAUUUUGGGAUCGUGUCAAUACACGACAUCCCAAAAUGAUGUCGUGUCAAGUGUGCGCAAGCGCUAAAAGGGGCGAAAGGAUAAAUUCCCAAGGCGCAUUGGUUUCAAGCAAUUUUUUUUUUCGCCAUACUGCCAUUAUUGGAAUGUAGAGCUAACAGCCUUAAGACAGAAAUCAUCAAUAUUUAUUUUAUAUGAAAAGAAACUAUAGAUCCAUUAUGUUACAUGUCUUUUUAAUAUUCUAAGUUUAUUGUUGAUAAAAUAUCUAUCACAAAAUGUAUGUAACUAGCAUACUUACUAAAUAAAAAUUAUUUAAUUUA